UACAAAACUUCUGUGCCUCCCGCAAAGUUUCCAAUGGUGGUCGUUCAAUCCUCACUUUUUCGUUUGGUGUGGCCCACAUGAGCUUGGAUCUGCCUGAAUUUUAAAACUCUAUCAUUUUGUGAUCUUGAGAAACUGAUGAACGAAGUGGAUUUGUCACGGGCAUUUUUACGGGCCGCACAUGGCUUCUGACCACAGGAACUUCCUGUAGCCUGGGGGACGGGUAAUUCGCGUCUCUCGAAACCCGUCUGUCCGCGGGAAGUGCGUAAACUCCAGAAACCGAUCCCUGCUUUAAUGUAGCGAGGGCCGUCAACGUGACUGCAGCCGAGUAGCAGCGGCAGGGUCGAAAACCCCAAUUUCCAUCUUGAAAAUAGGGUUUAAGAAGAUGGAGAAUGCAGAUAGUCCAUCUCGAACCGUUGGAGAAAGUGAUCGUUUCAAUCUCGCCCGCACUUUCAAGUAUCUCAUGGCGACACAGUUCCUGUCGAGAGGAAUCCCGUUUAUUUUCAAUUCGUGGAUUGUGAGACACCUCACCGAAGAGGACUACGCGCUUUAUUCUGUGCAAUUCCAUCUCUUUGUCACUUGUAUUUUGUUUCUUAGUCGGGAAGGCUUCCGUCGUGCGUGCUUGCGAGCAGACAUUCGAUGUGAUGGUGCGAAAAUGGAAGAAAACACUGCAAGGUUAUUGAAAAUAGCUUGGCUGACUUUCCCUAUUGGAAUAUUCGUUACAUUUGCAGCAUGCAUGUUUGUCUUCUGGUUGCGAACCCUGAAAUUUUCUGAUCCGUAUUCACAAGCCAUCUUGAUCCACGGAUUUGCUUGUAUAUUGGAGCUGUUGGCUGAACCAUUGUAUAUACUUUCUCAGAACUUGCUUCUUCUUAAGUUACGACUGGGGGUCGAAACUAUGGCCACUCUCUUUCGUUGCUUGACAACCUACAUCCUCAUUGUCAAACAAAGUAACAUGGAGAAGGGGAUUGUAUUUGCUCUAUCACAGGUUGCAUAUGGAGCUUGUUUGUUCUUAGGCUACUGGGGUUAUUUCCUUCUCUUUCGCAUUGUUAGAAGUUCUCAUCUUUUCCCAUUCAGAAUAAGGAAUCUGAUGGAUUAUGAUAGACAGCUUUCGAAGAUGUGUUUUUUGUUCACCGGUCAAUCAUUCCGAAAGUUGGUACUUCAAGAAGGAGAAAAACUGGUUCUUGUCUGGUUCGAUACACCUUACAACCAGGCUGUAUAUGGCCUUGUAGACAAAUUAGGUAGUUUAGUGGUUAGAUUGGUGUUUCUUCCUUUUGAAGAAAGUUCAUAUACUACAUUUGCAAAGUUUGCAUCAGGACAACUCCCCCAAAGGAGCCCAAAGUUAGCGAGUUCACUCACAGUGGCCCUAAAGCUUGUCGUCUUGAUUGGUCUUGUGGCUAUAGCAUUUGGUCCAAGCUACUCUUAUGUGCUCAUUCGAGUACUGUAUGGGAGGAAAUGGAGUGAUGGAGAAGCUCCCAACGCCCUCCGCUAUUAUUGUCUUUAUGUCAUUCUGUUGGCUAUGAAUGGAACGUCUGAAGCAUUUCUACAUGCGGUGGCGACCGAGAGCCAACUUAAGAAGUCAAAUGAUUCCUUGCUUUUAUUCUCUGGCAUUUACAUAAUACUGAACAUUCUGCUGAUUCGAUCUGCUGGAGCGGUGGGGUUGAUUACUGCUAAUUCAUUAAAUAUGAUGCUCAGAAUCAUUUAUUCAGCGGUAUUCAUCAAGCGCUAUUUCCAGGACUCUUCUUCAUUUACUUUCCGCCAUUGCUUGCCGUCGGGUUGGGGGAUUCUGCUACUUUCAGGCGCUGCAACACUCCUUUCUGAGAGACUAUUUUUGGAUCAGGAGAACUUCUGGCCGACCAUGCUCAUCCAUGUUGGCUUUGGUCUGAUGUGCUUCUGCAUAUCCUCUGUUGUGAUAUAUCGCCGUGAAAAGCCCUUCAUCAACAAAAUCAUCCGUUUGCGGGACCAUGCUGACUGAGAAAAGCAGAUGGCACAUAGCAUGCUGAGUGAGAGAAGCAGGCACAUAUCAAAGGCUGUGUUUGGAUGCACAAUUGAAUUGAACUGAAAAAAAUUGAUUUAGUCAAGAGGAAAUGACAAAGAAGAAAAAAAAGAAAGAAAGAGAACCAAAAAGAUGUUUGUAGUAGUCAGCAGCCUCAAAUAGUUCUAUUCCUUUCAAGACUAAUUUAUAAGCAGCAAGUUGGAGCCAUACCCUCAGUACGAACAGCAAUGGAACUGCAAGUUGGUUAUUCCCACUUUUUGACUGAUGAUUGUAGUCCAGUUCGAUUUUGCAUCCAAAUUGUAUAGGCAAGCAUGUGGAAACAGAUGUCAUAUGAUUACUUUUAAAUCCGGCAGGAGUCACAAGGUGAUAUCCAGAGCGGAUGACUGGUUCAUUCUUUUCAUCUGUAUCGUAAGUGGGAGACACUUGGGUACCUUGCUCUAGAUACCUAAUGGGGUUACUUUCACCAACGUAAGAGAAACGGCUCAACAUACAUGA